GAGGUGAGGAGGGUUCCAGAGGCUUGUGGGUGAUAUGCCAUUAUACCCUGCUUGGUGGCCAAGAAAACAAUAAAAAUUGGAAAAAGGAAAAAAAAUGAAGUGACGAAUAUGCCCUUGGAUGGCGUGGGAAGGGGGAAAGGGAGAAGGGCGUUCUGGUCAUUUUAGACAUCCUUUGGAGUUUCAUACUUUCAUACUUCCAUCAUUCCAUAGGAGCUACUAACUGAAUUUGUGCUGAGAUUGUUGUGAAAACGAAGCGGAAGAGAGAGCGAGAGAGAAGAUGGAGACAGGCAGAAGAAGGGUUUCUCGGGGCAUGCUGCCGCUGCUAGCGCUUCACACAGCGAACGAGUAUUACAGGGUGGGGUGGAAGCCCCCUGUCACCGCCGGCCUUCUUGCUGCCAACACCCUCAUUUAUUUAAGGCCCUCUUUCAUCGAUUCCAUGCUCCCCACCAUCGACAAAGUCUGGUUCAAUCCCCACCUCAUCCUCAAGAACAAGGAUCUCAAGCGCUUCCUCUUGUCACCAUUCUACCACAUGGAUGAAGCUCACCUGGUUUACAACAUGAUGUCACUCUUAUGGAAAGGAAUCCAGUUAGAAACUUCAAUGGGGAGCGCUGAAUUUGCAUCUAUGGUUGCCACACUACUUGGUAUGUCCCAGGGUAUCACACUGCUGCUAGCCAAAUCCCUACUUCUGUUCUUUGAUUAUGAGAGAGCUUACUACUCCCAAUUUGCGGUUGGAUUCUCUGGGGUUCUCUUUGCCAUGAAGGUCGUCCUUAAUUCACAGUCAGCAGACUACACUUAUGUCCAUGGAUUGAUAGUACCAACACGUCAUGCCGCCUGGGUUGAGCUGAUUCUCAUCCAAAUGUUUGUACCUGGUGUCUCAUUCCUUGGCCACCUUGGUGGAAUACUCGCAGGAAUUCUCUAUCUUCGGUUGAAGGGUACAUAUUCAGGUUCUGAUCCACUGACUAUUCUGUUUAAAGGACUUGCUGAUGCAUUAAGCUGGCCUCUGAGGUUUGCUCAAGGCUUGUUUCGGAGACGGCGGAUCUCUGGCAGGGGAACUGUUGGUGGGCGUCAGACAAGGAGGACAUCUGGUGUUUGGAGAUGUUGGUCAUGUACAUACGAUAAUCCUGGUGGGUUAAGCAUAUGUGAGAUGUGUGGCACAGCUAGGAACGGCAAUGGAUUAUCAUCACCCCUUCAAUGGCCACGUCAAUCUCAUGAGCUUCCUUUGGAUGAAUUACGCCGCAGAAGACUGGAAAGGUUUGGUAGAUGAGUUAACACUAUCCGGUUGAUAUUAAAAUUAGGCUUCCUUACGGUUACCAGCCUUCACUUAACAAUGCUGGUAAGAUUCAUACAUUGUUUGGUUCUGCUGCUUGGCUGAAGGAAUAUUUGGCUAUUUGGAGCAGAGCUGGGGGAUGGGUUGGGUCUGAUCAGCCAAAUAUGGGGCAGUCAUAGACUCUCUUAGUUGUUGGGAAUACAAUUUUAAAGAAGAAUCACUUGUAACUCAUGAUAAUUCCAUAAAAGAGAUGGUUUGCUUGAACUCUUGAGAGUUUUUCUAUUUGAUAAUGUGAAGCAAUUUAUACUGGAAGAAAAGCUGGUAUCAUUCUUUGAU